AUGAUAAUUUUCGUCAUUCUCUUAAUCCUCUGGCUUUUCUAUGUCUUGUAUUAUUAUUUGAUUUACCGAAAACGUUAUCCAAAAGGACCUCUACCAUUACCGUUUAUUGGAAAUAUUUAUCAUAUUAAUCCGAUCGAUUUCCAUCAAUAUUUGGAUAAAGUUGGAUUAAAAUAUGGUAAUUGUUUCACAUUGUUUCUACCAGCUCCAACAGUGAUCUUGACCGAUUUCGAGUAUAUUAAAGAGGCACUGCAAACACAAGGUCAGCUUUUCUCGGGUCGAACGCAUCGAAUUCCGGAAAUUUUACUUCAAAGAAACCCAAACACGGGAAUCAUCAUUUCGGAUGGGGAAACGUGGAAAACACAGAGAAAUGCAACACUGAAAAUCUUUAAGCGAUUCGGUGUUGGCGCGAGUUUAAUGGAGGAAAAGAUUCAAAAAUCUAUUGACAAAAUGCUGUUAGAGUUGAAUGGGGAAAGUUUGGAGCAAAUCGAUCUCGAGAAAUCGCUACAACUAUGUGUCGGAAAUGUGAUCAACGAUUUGCUUUUCGGCUUUCAAUAUACAAAUGAGAACGCAUCAGAGCUCUUUCAUUUUAUCGCAAUCCUCAAAACGCAUCUCAAAAAGAUUACGUCGAAUCCGUGCACCCUUCUUUGUCAAUCUUUCCCAUGGGCUGUCAACAUUCCAUUGAUCGGAUAUUUUGGAUACACUUUACAUAAACAGAACAUAGAUAAAUAUAUUUCUUUUAUCGAACGCCAAGUGUUUUCGUUGAUUUCAAGCUUUUUGGAGACUUCCGAGCCAACAAAUCUCGUGCACGCCUAUCUAAAGGAAAUGAAAGAAGUAAAUGAGAAAUUGGACCUCGAGAAUCUUGUGGCCAUUUGCAAUGAUUUGUGGCUAGGCGGGAUGGAGUCGACGGCGACGUGUCUACGAUGGAUUCUUGCCUACAUGAUACAUUAUCCCGAUGUACAAAGAAAAGCAUUUGACGAGAUAAACUCAUUGUUUCCCAUUAGAAAGCUGAGUUUUGUCGAUCGAAAUCGAUUACCGUACACGCAAGCGGUUUUAAAUGAGAUUCAACGUCACUGCAAUAUGAAUCCAUUUCUGAAUUUUCACGUCUGCACUGAAGAAACUCAACUUUUUGGUCAACGAAUCCCAAAGGAAACGACAGUGAUGGCCCAGAUUUGGAGUGUUUUGAGAAGUCAGGAGAUUUUCGAGGAUCCAUUUGCCUUUCGACCCGAGCGUUUUAUAACAAGCCGUGGUGAAUUGAAUAAGAAUCUUUUGAACAAAAACAUCGUCUUCGGCAUUGGGAAACGCUCGUGCGCUGCCGAGGGCUUAGCGAAAAUGCAACUUUUCUUGAUAUUUGCCAAUCUUAUUCAAAAAUAUAAAAUUUGUGUUUCUGGAGAAAAACCCGAUUUGAAGCCCGAUUUUGCCACUGUUCUUUCACCAAAACCUUUCUUUUGUCGAUUGGAGAAAAGGAAUGAAGAA